AUGAAACGCCCGUUGACCUCAUCGAGCGGCAUCAAGCAACCGUGGAUGCGACUGCCACCCGGCUCAUGGGUCCUCCGACACGGCUGACCCUCACACCCUGCUGCUGCCUUUCACAUACUCUGCUAUCGCCGUCGUACAGUCUUCCGGAGUCGCCGUUAACGCGCAAUGCGUUGAGACCUUCACAACGCUCAAGCUGGGCAAGAGUGAGUUACCACCGACCGUCAUGCCCUCACCGCCUCCGAACCCGCCGAUCGCAAGCCAGCAGCUGCACGACACGUGCCAUGCUCACCGACACGCUUUGUGACACGUUGCAGAGCUCAAGUACAUCGUGUUCAAGCUCGCGGACGACAACAAGGAGAUCACGGUCGAAAAGUCGUCCGAUUCGGCCUCGUACGAUGACUUUGUCGCGGACCUGCCCGCCGACUCGUGCCGCUACGCCAUCUACGACUUCGAGUACGAGAAGCCGGGAGAAGGCAAGAGGAACAAGAUCUGCUUCUUUGCGUGGUCGCCUGAUGAUGCCAAGGUCAAGAACAAGAUGCUCUACGCCUCGUCCAAGGACGCGCUCCGUCGCGCACUCGUCGGCAUCGCCAGCGAGAUCCAAGGCACCGAUUAUUCCGAGAUUGCUUACACCGAAGGUCAGUCUUGUUAACCGGUCGCAUUCGCUCUUGACCCGCUCGCAUCGCUGCGUGUCUGCGCCUCCUUACGCCACUUGCUGAUGGGCUCUCCUCGCGUCGAACAGUUCUCGACAAGGUCUCGCGUGGAACUGCCUAG